AUGCUUUAUACCGGAGGUUUACCUUUUAAUCUUGCAAGAAAUCCACACUAUGUCAGGGCUUUUCAGUUUGCUGCUAACAAAAAAAUUGAGGGUUAUGUACCUCCUGGUUAUAAUAAGCUAAGAACAACAUUACUACAAAAAGAAAAAGAUAAUGUUCACAAGCUAUUGGAGCCACUUAGGUCUACAUGGAAAGAAAAAUGUGUAACUAUUGUGAGUGAUGGUUGGAGUGAUCCUACAAGAAAACCUCUAAUCAACUUCAUGGCUACCUCAGCAAAUUGUAAGGUGGCUGGAGAGAUUAUAGAGAGUCAGUUUCCUCACAUCUGUUGGACACCAUGUGUUGUUCAUACGCAUAAUCUUGCUUUGAAGAACAUUUGUUUACCAAGGAAUGUGGAAACAAAUGAACUAACAUAUGAACAGUGCCGCUGGAUAAAAGAAGUUCAUGAAGAGGAGUUUGCAAUAAAAAAUUUCAUCAUGAACCAUAAUAUGAGGCUCUCAAUUUUCACCAAGUUUACUCCUCUUAGGCUGCUUUCUGUUACUGACACUUGCUUUGCCUCCAUCAUUGUGAUGCUUAAGAGAUUGAAACUUAUCAAAAGGGUUCUUCAAGUAUGGUCAUAA